AUGUCCGGUGGUUCUGGACCACCCGGAGAUGACGAAGAAGCUAGCCUGCGUCUAGCCAGGCAGCUCGACGCUGAGCUGAACUCAGACCAACCAGCCCAUACAGCGAGUUCAUCGCUUCGCGAUCCGGAUUACCAUGCCAGUCUGGCGCUUGCUAAGCAGCUCAACGAUGAGUUGAACCACCCGGAGCAAGUCUACCCCGAGGAGCCCAACCCCUUCGCUUCAGAUGCAGGGGCCGCAGCGGAACUCUCAUCAUCCUCACCUCUUGAACUGCCACUUCGAGGAGGGGGGAAGGCAGGUAAGGAGCCCGUGAGGCCAUGCCACCAGGACUCUAAUACUACAUACUCUGGCACUACAUAUUCCAAGACUCUCAGCACGCUCAAGGACUUCAUCAAUAUUGUGGCGUCGAGAAAAUGCGCCAAGUGCAAUACGCACCUCAUCCAGUCUGCUGACGACGUCGAGAACUUAUUCAAGGGUUGGGUAACUGGGAAGGUUGCGAUGUGUUCGUGGCUUAAGUGCAAGAAAUGUUCUACAACCGCUUGUAUUGCAUGCCCAUCUCAGACAUCUUCAAAACAGAUGUCAGUCAAGGUUGGGAGCACUCAGAUCUCUUGGUGCUGCAGCCGUGGCCGCCUUUUCAUGAUCUGGGUUGUGCUCUGUGGCUUCGACCAACAGUACUGCACUGCUAAGCAGCGAGAGGCGGCAAAGUCUGGAAAAGGACGUAGCCAUACAAGCAGCGGAACCGGCUAUGGUGGAACCAACCGACUCGCUAGAUUGGGAGACUACGAUAGCGGGGUUGGCUAUGGCGGCGAUGAAGACCACUUCGGUUUUCCGUUUGGCCGUCGUGGCGGGUCUCUCCAGGCACGCCAGGAUCCCGGAAAAGCUAAGGCACAGAGUGCUCAGCAAGUCACUGAUGAGUUCCACAAGACCAUGCUAGCGUACCUCGAAGAGCUGCUCCCAUCCUUGGACCGGGAGUCUCGAUUCGAUUUGGAUCCGCCAGAGGCAGUGACAGACUUGCUUUUAGACAGCAAGAUCCUAAAUUAUUGCGCCGAGCUUCUUCGAAACGACUCUUUGGACGACGCUAGCAAGCGGAAAGACUUGUACCAAGCCCUUCUCAACUUCCUACGCAUAAUUGGCACUCACCACAUCACGGCCAAUUUGACAAUGUUCAAAGAGAGACCGGUCCAUCCCGACAGCGUCAACAUAUUGACUUUAUCCUUCGCGCGGAAUGACCACGGGCCUGGGAAAGAAACUACGAUCUCGCUCGCGGACGGCCUCCGAAACCUCAACAUUCAGAGCAAUAUAAUGCUGAAGAAUGCUGCACGCAAUGAGCAAGAGUUCAAAACCAACGAAGGACAAGACUUACUAUGGUUGUGUCGCCAAAUAUCAGAUCUCUCGGAGUGGCUCCUCAAAAAUACCAAGGGUGGUUGUGGUUCCGGCGCCAAGUCAUCGUCGAACGGACCAAAUGAUCGCGGAAUUAUCGAGGUGCGCGAUUCUGAUAUUUUUGCCACACAUCGCUUCGCUGGCGAGGCCAUGGGAGUUCGGCAUUCGGCACCUGGCCGCAUCAAACGCCUGAUCACUGAGAUCACCACGCUGAAGACAGGCUUACCGCCAGGCAUCUUCGUAAAGUACGCGGAGUCAAGGCUUGAUAUGAUGAAGUUUGUCAUCGUCGGUCCAUCGGGAACACCAUACGAGAAUGGACUUUUUGAAUUCGACCUGUUUUGCACAGCUGAGUUCCCCAAUAGAUCGCCGAAGUGCUUCUUCAGAGGAGCUGCCGGGGGGAUGCCUUUCAACCCAAACUUACAUUCUGAUGGGAAAGGCAAGUUUUGCAUCCGAGCUUUGAUCAAUACAGUCUGUCUCUCUCUGCUAGGCACUUGGCUCGGAGAGCCAUGGCGACCAGGCCAAUCGACUAUUCUCCAGAUCCUCAUAUCCAUUCAAGCCAUGAUCUUCUGCGAGGAGCCUAUGUAUAACGAACCGGACGAACCCGUAGAUAAAGGCCGCAGUCGAAUGUACAACCAAACAAUCCGUGCACUUACUACGAGCUAUGCGUUACUGGACUGGGUGGAGAACCCUCCCAAGUUAUGGCAAGACGUGGCGGAUCUCCACUUCAAGAAAAAUGCAAAUAAGAUACUCCAGACUGCUGGCCAGUGGGCUAAUGAGAACAUUGACCCGCCGGGGGGUAGGGGCCGCUACGGGCUACAACCGUCGCAGACGUUGGGCCAGCUGCAGAAUGCGUUGCAAAAGAAAUAUGGCGUCACUACAAGCACUCAGCAGAACACUGGCUGGAAUCCGCCAUCUGGAACGGGCCCCCGAUACGGUAGCGGUUAUGGAUCGAGCCAUGCGCCUGGAGGGGGUAGCGGUUAUGGUUACGGUUCGGGCACGGGUCAAGGCGGACACGGAGGAGCACGUCGAUACUAA